GCCAGCAGCAGAGAGGUUUUCCCAGGUUUUCCUCUCUGGCCAGCAGAGUAUAAUCUCUUUGGUUAGAGGGGAUAUAAUCGAAGCAGCAAACCAGCAAACUAACCUGUACCUGUACCUGUCUGUACACUCUGUACCUCGCGUCGCGUCAUUGUUGUUACUGUUCCGGACAAUGGUUCUUUAUUGAAAAAUAUAUUUUUAAUGAUAUCAGUGGCAGAUUGCCUUGUUAUUACGGCGAAUAAUAGUAUAAAUCAUCCCAUUUUACUUUACAAUAUAUUUGAUAAAAAUGGAUAAUAUCUUUGGGAAGGAAGAUUCUGGGGAUGAAAGGGAGUUCAAGCAUAAAGUGAAUGAUAUUGAGGAUCAUAAAGAUAACAAAAAUGGUAUUGCACAAAAUUUAGAGUUCAAAAAUACUGAAGCUAUGGAGGUUGAUGGUGAACAGAUUAAGGUGGAGUCAGAUGCAAUGAGCUCACAAUCGCAGUCGGAUGCUGAAGAGAUUGAAAAUUCAGGAUCUAAUUCUAUAUGUCCAGUUAUGGAAAAAGAAAUAGAGGUUGAAAAGCAUGAGCUUGAUAUAAAGGAUGAAGAACCGACUGUGGAAGAUAUAUUCAGUAAUGACAUUAUGAUACCUCGUGCUAAUCCAAUCAACGCAAAGGAAAGACGUGAAAGUAAGGAGAAAAGCAAAAGGGAAAUAGAAGAGGAGGAAAGAGAAAAGAUGCAAGUGCUAGUAUCUAACUUCACUGAAGAUCAGCUGGACAGAUACGAAAUGUACAGACGAGCUGCAUUUCCAAAAGCAGCUAUAAAAAGAAUCAUGCAGACCAUAACGGGUUGUUCUGUAUCUCAAAACGUCGUCAUAGCUAUGUCGGGAAUUGCUAAAGUAUUUGUUGGUGAAAUUGUUGAAGAAGCUUUAGACGUUAUGGAAGCCCAAAAUGAAACUGGUCCAUUACAACCCAAGCAUUUGAGGGAAGCUGUUCGUAGAUUACGAUUACAGGGCCAAAUACCGAAUGGUCGAGGGCACAAAGCUUUUUUCAGGCUAUAAUUAAUUUGAUAUUUGAUAUAUUAGUACAAUGCGUCUCUUAUAGAAGCCUGUCGACAUUAGAAUCUAUGAGCGUAAUCCAAAUGUAAAUUAUACAAUUUGCCUGAUAAGAGAGGCGAUCUGUUUAUAUAUUAAAUUAUUAAGGCUAUUCACUUUUUACAUUCAAAGUGUUCUGUCUUGACUGAUUAAAAUUACUUAAUACAUUAAAAAUUCAUUUUUUUUUAUUGACAAUCGAUUUUUCAUCUUCAAGUAGAUGAACUCAUAGUUAUAUAUAUUCUUACUUAUAUAUAUUCUUACUACUCUAGCAAGCAAACUUUAUUUCUGUAAUAAUUAUACAUUUUGAAUAGUGAGUCACUAAAAUACAUAGAUCAGGUGAAUAGCAAAAUAUUUUAUUACAGAUUAAAUAUGCAUGCAAUAAUAUGUAAUAUACUCAUUUAUAUUUCAGCAGUUUCAUGAAACAUAUCUUAUAUAUGUAUAGGGAAGUCUAAUCUAAUGAUAAUAUUUAAUUAUAUUUUUAUAUGCGCGAUGUAGAUGCAGCCAUGAAUCAUUAUAUCUUUAUAGCAUAUUUUUAAGUAGAAUCUGAUGUAACGUUUUAUAUUUUGCUGUCAUUGAGCUUGUUUGCUGCCAAUUUAUUAAUAUAUGUCUUUAUGUAAAUCUUAAAAAAGUUUAUAAUUAAUUAAUAUUAAACUUUCUACAGAUAUAAUUUACAAGAAUUGAUUAUAUAUAAAAACAGUCACUGUUUCUUCAAAAAUAAUAAGUUAUAAUACAAUUACUGAAUUUGAAUAAACUAUUCAAA